GAACAUUUAACGCACCGUCAUUUGAAUCUUACGGCUGCUGAAGCAUCAACUCUGUUAGGAGGAUUUAAACACCUCGGGAACAGCGUUCUUCACAGCUUUCCACAGCGAGGCAGUGGCUGCAGUCCUCCUCCUCUCGUGCCGAGCUGACCCGUGCAGCAGAGACUAUGCGUCGCACCGGUCCUGCCAGCCGCAGGAAGGCAAGAACUCCUGUUCGUCGCCCUCCUGUGCCGUCCCCACCGUUAUCCGGUUCAAAGCCAGGAAAGUCUCCUGUGUCUCCCAGGAAAAAACGAUUCAGACCAGGAACCAGAGCCUUAAUGGAGAUCCGUAAGUACCAGAAGAGUACUGAUCUUCUGAUCAGGAAGGCACCCUUCGCUCGCCUGGUUCGUGAGGUGUGCCAGUCUUUUUCCAUGAAAGGAUACCGAUGGCAGGUUUAUGCUCUGAUGGCCCUGCAGGAGGCUGCAGAGGCAUUUCUCGUCUUGUUAUUCUCAGACGCCAACCUUUGUGCCAUCCAUGCCAAGAGGGUCACCUUAUUUCCUCGUGACAUUCAGCUGGCCAGGAGACUCCGUGGGGUGGAUAACCUGUAAAAUCCACAUGACAACGGGGAGAAUGCCAGCAACAGAAAGAACAUUCAGUCACCCAGUACCUCUGUUCCAAGCACUAUACUAUAAAUAAUAUACUAUACCACUGUGUGUGGUUCAAACAUUUAGACAUGUUUUAAUUGUUUUCUUAAAGUGAGAGACAUUUGUGGUUCUGGUUGCUUUUAUUACUGAUACACUUUUAUCUGCUAAUUUAAUUUUGACAUGUACAUAAUGCUUUUAAGUGAAGUAUGCUUGUUUUUUUUAAUAAAAUGUUUUUUUUGUACAAUA